AUGGAAACUGGCGAGGAAUCUUACGCGCCGCGUAGCGACACUUGCCUCGAGAUUAUUCGGCUGAACGCGCUCGCCGCUGAAACGCCCUUUCGUCGCCCUCUCUCUCGCCCCUCUCUUCCCGUCGUGCUCUCUCUAUCCGCGCUCUUCCCGUCGCCUCCCUUCCCAUCGCGCUCUCUCUCCCCCCUCCCUUCCCAUCGCGCUCUCUCUCUCCGCUCCCUUCCCGUCGCCCUCUCUCCCGCCGCCCUCUCCCUCCCCCCUCCCUUCCCAUCGCGCUCUCUCUCUCUCUCUCUCUCUCUCUCUCUCUCUCUCUCUCUCUCUCUCUCUCUCUCUCUCUCUCUCCGCUCCCUUCCCGUCGCCCUCUCUUCCGUCGCCCUCUCUCCCAUCGCCCUCUCUCUCUCUCCUUCGCUCUGUCCCGUCGCCCUCUCUCCGGUCGCCCUCUCUCCCAUCGCCCUCGCUCUCUCCUUCACUCUGUCCCGUCGCCCUCUCCCCCGUCGCCCUCUCUCCCGUCGCCCUCUCUCCCGUCGUCCUCUAUCUCUCACGUCGCCCUCGCUCUGUCCCGACUGA